AUGCAGCCCCAAAUGUCAUGCAGCCACGACCAACUCAUGGAGUUGAUUCGUCUUCGCAACUUAAUCAACACACGCCAAUCGGAAUGUGCCGACCUCGAAACAAAGAUAUCCAAGAUUUUGACGCAAAAAACCGACGGAAGCACGUUACCUGAAAAGCUCCAACGGCUGGAAGAACUUCAACUCCGUCGCAUUGAGCUCCAAACCAAAAAGCAAACGUUGAUAAAACAGAACGACGACCUUCGAGUGUUUAUCGACUCUGAGUCGCAGAAGCUCAAGAAGUCGGUCGAAGAGAUGGAAAAGGUUCAAAAGGAUCAAAUGAAAAAAGUGCUAGACUCCUCGAUGACUGUGUUGUCCAUAGCAGAGGAUUUAGAAAAACAACACGUCGAACUUCAGAACAAAGUUGUUCAGCUCAAGAAGGAGUUGAUCACCCAACUCAAGAAAAUUUAUUCCCUCAAACAACGCCCCGAUGAAAAAUUGGCCCAACCCAUUUUGUUGUUAAAUGGCGUUGUGAUCCCCACACGAAUUGGUUCCCAAGAGCUUGAAUUGAUGAAUGAAGUGUAUGGCGACUUAGCUCAUAUCGUCAAUUUACUUGCAAGAUACUUUGAUGUGUCUUUAAAAUAUCCCCUGAUCCCAAAUGCGAUGUAUUCGAUGAUUUCCGUCAGAGGAAAACAGCAACAAAGUCUGCCGUUAUAUAGUAAAACAGUCAAUCAACAACAAUACAAAACUGCACUGACGUAUUUGAAUUAUGACAUCGAUCAACUUCUCAUGUACUUUGGUACAGAGAAGUGGGAAGCCGCUGCCCACGCCCAACCCGUUGAAAAGGUAUAUGCUGUGUAUCAGUGUUGUGACGAGUACUUUGGAGAGCCAACAAAAUAA